GGAUUUUUGAAACUGUGGAAAACGAACCUGUUAAUGUGGAAGAACUAGCUUUCAAGUUUGCAGUCACCAGCAUUAACAGAAACCGAACCCUGAUGCCGAACACCACAUUAACCUAUGACAUCCAGAGAAUUAAUCUUUUUGAUAGUUUCGAAGCCUCGCGGAGAGCAUGUGACCAGUUGGCUCUGGGUGUGGCUGCCCUCUUUGGCCCUUCCCAUAGUUCCUCCGUCAGUGCUGUGCAGUCUAUUUGCAACGCUCUCGAAGUUCCACACAUACAGACCCGCUGGAAACACCCCUCAGUGGACAACAAAGAUUUGUUUUACAUCAACCUCUAUCCAGAUUAUGCAGCUAUCAGCAGAGCGGUCCUGGAUCUGGUCCUCUAUUACAACUGGAAAACAGUGACUGUGGUGUAUGAAGACAGCACAGGUCUAAUUCGUCUGCAAGAGCUCAUCAAAGCUCCCUCCAGAUACAACAUUAAAAUCAAAAUCCGCCAGCUGCCCUCUGGGAAUAAGGAUGCCAAGCCUUUACUCAAGGAGAUGAAGAAGGGCAAGGAGUUCUAUGUGAUAUUUGAUUGUUCACAUGAAACAGCUGCUGAAAUUCUUAAGCAGAUUUUGUUCAUGGGCAUGAUGACCGAGUACUAUCACUACUUUUUCACAACCCUGGACUUAUUUGCUUUAGAUCUGGAGCUCUAUAGGUACAGUGGCGUAAAUAUGACUGGGUUCCGGUUGCUCAACAUUGACAAUCCUCAUGUGUCAUCCAUCAUCGAGAAGUGGUCCAUGGAGCGCUUGCAGGCUCCCCCAAGGCCAGAGACUGGUCUUUUGGAUGGAAUGAUGACAACUGAGGCAGCUCUGAUGUAUGAUGCCGUGUACAUGGUGGCCAUUGCCUCCCACCGGGCCUCGCAGCUGACUGUCAGCUCCCUACAGUGCCACCGACACAAGCCAUGGCGCCUUGGACCCAGAUUUAUGAACCUGAUCAAAGAGGCUCGGUGGGAUGGAUUGACUGGACGAAUCACUUUCAAUAAGACCGAUGGCCUACGGAAGGAUUUUGAUCUGGACAUCAUUAGUCUCAAAGAGGAAGGAACUGAAAAGAUUGGGAUUUGGAACUCCAACAGUGGGCUCAACAUGACAGACGGCAACAAAGACAGGUCCAACAAUAUCACGGAUUCGCUGGCCAACCGAACCCUCAUUGUCACUACCAUUCUGGAAGAACCCUACGUGAUGUACAGGAAAUCUGACAAACCCCUGUAUGGAAAUGACAGAUUUGAAGGAUAUUGCCUGGAUCUGUUGAAAGAAUUGUCAAACAUCCUGGGUUUCCUUUACGAUGUUAAACUAGUUGCCGAUGGCAAAUACGGAGCCCAGAAUGACAAAGGAGAGUGGAAUGGGAUGGUUAAAGAACUCAUAGAUCACAAGGCUGACCUGGCAGUGGCUCCUCUGACCAUCACUUACGUGCGAGAGAAAGUCAUUGACUUCUCUAAGCCCUUCAUGACCCUGGGCAUCAGCAUUCUCUACCGGAAGCCCAAUGGGACCAACCCGGGCGUCUUCUCCUUUCUCAAUCCUCUGUCUCCAGAUAUUUGGAUGUAUGUGCUCUUAGCCUGCUUGGGAGUCAGUUGUGUACUCUUUGUAAUUGCAAGGUUUACACCCUACGAGUGGUACAACCCCCACCCCUGCAACCCCGACUCAGACGUGGUGGAAAACAAUUUUACUUUACUAAAUAGUUUCUGGUUUGGAGUUGGAGCUCUCAUGCAGCAAGGAUCAGAGCUGAUGCCCAAAGCUCUAUCGACCAGAAUAGUUGGAGGAAUUUGGUGGUUUUUCACCCUAAUCAUCAUUUCGUCCUACACUGCCAACCUGGCUGCCUUCUUGACAGUAGAGAGAAUGGAAUCCCCCAUAGAUUCAGCAGACGAUCUGGCAAAGCAAACCAAGAUAGAAUACGGGGCCGUCAGAGAUGGAUCAACAAUGACCUUCUUCAAGAAAUCAAGGAUAUCCACCUAUGAGAAGAUGUGGGCUUUCAUGAGCAGCAGGCAGCAGACUGCCCUGGUUAAAAACAGUGACGAGGGGAUCCAAAGAGUGCUCACCACAGACUAUGCCCUGCUGAUGGAGUCCACCAGCAUUGAGUAUGUGACUCAGAGAAACUGCAACCUCACUCAGAUUGGGGGCCUCAUUGACUCCAAAGGUUACGGCGUGGGAACGCCUAUUGGGUCUCCUUACCGGGAUAAAAUUACGAUAGCUAUUCUUCAACUACAAGAAGAGGGCAAGCUGCAUAUGAUGAAAGAGAAAUGGUGGCGGGGAAAUGGGUGCCCUGAAGAAGACAGCAAAGAGGCCAGUGCUCUGGGAGUAGAAAAUAUUGGGGGCAUCUUCAUUGUCCUGGCUGCUGGACUGGUCCUUUCUGUAUUUGUAGCCAUUGGAGAAUUUAUAUACAAAUCACGCAAGAACAAUGAUAUUGAACAGGCUUUUUGUUUCUUUUAUGGACUGCAGUGUAAGCAAACCCAUCCUACCAACUCCACUUCUGGAACUACUUUAUCUACGGAUUUAGAAUGUGGCAAAUUAAUUCGAGAGGAAAAAGGGAUUCGGACACAGUCCUCAAUUCAUACUGUGUAAUCGGUUUAAAAAAAAAAAAAAAAAAGUGUGCCCAGUAGAAACUCCUAAUUGUUGUUGAUUUUUGUCUGUGUCUAACCAAGCAUGAAUAACCCUAACUCCCUAUCCCCAUGUUAGCAACAUACAUGUGGACAGGACUCUGUUGAUUUCAAUGCAGAUGUGCACUGUAUGUAGAGGUGGGGCCACAUCAGGACUGUACAGACUCCUACAUAAGUGCAUAUACAGGAAUCUACUUCAUGCAAAACAAUCAUCUUUGCUCUAUCCCAUGCAUCAAAAAUAAAUGACUCUUUUCUCAUGAAAAAGAAGAUUCAGACUUUCAACAGGGAAAAGCAUGAACACUAAAUGCUGAUUCUGCAGACUCCUUUUCAUCUUGGUGAACUCUUUUUCCCUCCUCUUUCCCUCUCCCUAUCCCCCGUGUUCUUUAGAAUCACAUAUUUCACAUUUCCGGAAACUCUUGUCUUUUCAAUAAGUACACAUGUAAUUCCCUAACAAUGUUAAUUUUUUAUUCAAAUUGAUUCCACUAUUUAAAAUAUGUUAUUUACAAGAAGACUCAUAUGAAUCUUAGAUUUUAAAGAUUCAAAAAUUAUAAUAAUCUAUUGAUUGGGUUAUUGGGAGUUUUUGUGUGUUUGGGGGUUCUUUCCAUAUUCUGAAUAUUAAUGCCCUGUCAGAAGAGUAGCCGACAAAGAUCUUCUCCAAUUUUGUAGGUUCUCUCUUCACACUCUUAAUUACUUCCUUUGCAGUACAGAAGGGUUUUAAUUUGAUGCUAUCCCAGUUAUUGAUUUUUGGUUUUAUAUCUUGAGCUUUAGGGGUCUCGUUAAGCAAGAUGGUACACAUACCAAUAGGUUGGCGUGUUGAAUCUGUUUUAUUCUAGCAGUUGUAAAUUUUCUGGCCUAUUUUCUGGUCUUUGAUCCACUCUGAGAUGACUUUUGUUCAGGGUGAGAGAUUGGGUUCUAGUUUCAUUCUUCUCCAUAUGGGUAGUUUUCCCAAGACCAGUUGUUUAAAAAUUUAUCUUUUCUUCAAUGUAUGUUUUUGGCACCUUUGUCGAGCAGCAGAUGACUAUAUAAGAAAGGCAAAGUCCAAUGUUUUCUCUCAUAUGUGGAAGCUAAAGAGAACCAAAGAAUUAAAAAUGGAGGUGGGGGGACGGAUAUCCCAGGAAAAUAAA